UAGAUGGCAGAGCCAGCUCUCCUCCAGCCCUGUGUCUCUCCUCCUCCUUUCCUCUCAGCCAGGCUCCACCUCUAAGUUUUCCUACCUCUCUCUCUCUCUCUCUCUCUUCUUUUGUCUCCCACUCUCAUGAACACCAAACACACCGAUGCACUCUCCCUCUCUCUCUCUCCCUCUCUCCUUAAAUCCUUCCUACUCCGUAUGAGUUGCUUCCCUGUCAGGUCAGCAGCUUCUGAGCCGAAGGUGUGCUUUUGUUGCCAGAUCCCGGUUAUUUUCCAAAGAAGACUGGAGGAUCUGCAUUGCGUCCACUCAAUUGUCAGCCAGAUCUUCAAUAGCGAAAGCAGAACUUGAAGCUGAAGAGGAUCCAGGGACGACAGCCUGCUGCCAGCGCUAGAUGCCCAGCGAGAUGAACGAGAGUCGAAGGGAAGCGUUGGCGGCGGCAGCGCCCGUGCCCACCUCCGCCUCUUCCUCCACAUCUGGCAUCAACACCACCAUUAUCACGGGUCCAGGCGCUGGACAGAAGGAUGAGGCCUUCUCUAAAUUGAAGGACAAGUUCAUGAAUGAGCUCAACAAAAUACCAUUGCCGUCAUGGGCUAUUGUGUCCAUUGCCUUUGUGGCAAUCAUCCUGGUCCUGGCAUGUUGCUUCUGUGUCUGCAAAAAGUGGAUAUUCAAGAAGAAAAACAAAAAGAAGGGCAAGGAUAAGGGCAAGAAUGCCAUCAACAUGAAGGAUGUCAAGGAUGGGGCCAAAACAGAGGCCUUGAAGGAUGAGGAAGAUGCUGAGACAGGGCUGACCGAGCCGGAGAAAGAGGCAGAACCUAAAGAGGACCAGAAACUGGGAAAAUUGCAAUACUCGCUGGAUUACAAUUUCACUGAGAACUCGCUAAUCGUCGGGAUCAUCCAGGCGGCCGAGUUGCCUGCCAUGGACAUGGGCGGCACCUCUGACCCUUAUGUUAAAGUCUACCUGCUGCCAGACAAGAAGAAGAAGUUUGAAACUAAGGUCCACAGGAAGACCCUGAACCCCACUUUCAACGAGCAGUUCACCUUCAAGGUUCCCUAUGUGGAGCUCGGAGGCAAGACGCUGGUGAUGACGGUGUACGAUUUCGACCGCUUCUCUAAACACGACGCCAUCGGUGACAUCAAGGUGCCCAUGAACAAGGUGGAUUUCAGCCACAUAACGGAAGAAUGGCGGGACUUGCAGAGUGCAGAGAAGGAAGAGCAAGAGAAACUGGGCGAUAUCUGCUUCUCCCUGCGAUACGUCCCCACCGCUGGCAAGCUGACUGUCGUUGUCCUGGAAGCCAAGAACCUGAAGAAAAUGGAUGUUGGAGGCUUGUCAGACCCCUAUGUGAAGAUCCACUUGAUGCAGAACGGCAAGCGGCUGAAGAAGAAGAAGACGACAAUCAAGAAGAACACCCUGAACCCUUACUACAACGAGUCCUUUAGCUUCGAAGUCCCCUUUGAACAAAUCCAGAAAGUGCAAGUCGUUAUAACCGUUCUGGACUAUGACAAGAUCGGCAAGAACGACGCCAUCGGCAAAGUCUUUGUGGGCCUCAACAGCUCGGGCACGGAGCUGCGCCACUGGUCCGACAUGCUGGCCAACCCCAGGAGACCCAUCGCCCAGUGGCACGUGCUGAAGCCCGAAGAGGAGGUGGACGCUCAGCUCUCCACCAAGAAAUAGACAGGACUCUUUCAGCUCCUGCCUUGUAGUACUCUUUAGCCAGUCUGUGUAAAUACCUCAGUGAUAAAUGGGUCCACCCCUCUCCCCUUUACUCUCACCGAGCUUUAUGGUCCCCCGAAAACAAUCCCAAUUAAUCAACCGUCCAUCUGCUGCUUUUUUUCUAACAGGGUCCUCUCGCUUUGUCUUUGCUUUUCUGUUACUUCUCGACCCCGUGACCAAAAGCCCCCUUCUUUUAAGCAAUAUGAUCUGUAUAGAUAGCGCAUGACUGAAGGAGUUUAUUGUACCACAGUUGUGUAUAUAAGUAUGCAGACAAAAAUGAUUUCUAGUUUCUGUGUUUGUAUGUUGUUACCCGUUUCCUAAUCUGUGUAUAUCUUGAUGUUUUUAAUAAGAUGUUCUAUUUUAAAUGAUGUAAAUGCUGAUAUAGAGGAAAGCCAAUAUAAUCUAUCCCAGGACUACCACAGAAGCGUAAAAUACUCAGCCAGAAUUCCAACAUGGCGGACAUACUGUAUUAAAAAAAAAAAAGAAAAAUAAUAAUAAUAAUAAUCCCAAAUUUGAGGCCAUUAACUUCUUAUGGUUCGGUGGCGGAAAUUAUGCUGCUGGAAAUGAAGCACAUGAUUUCAUACAACCUUUUCUACAAUCAGACGUUUAAAUUCUCCGGAAAUAAUCGUUGUACAAAAAAGAAAAUUCCCCCCGGAGACACCCUCAGAAAAAAAGAGCCCAUGUGGGGGGAAAAAAAGCACCAAGUUUCAGCCAUUGUGUCCUUAAAACUCAUACUUUCUAAUAUAUCGAUUAGAAAAUCGUACUCAUACUUGCGUUUAUCAGAGAGACGCGGUGGUGGCAUUUUGGCCGGAGUUUUGUGUUGUGGAGAGAAGUUAUCAGGUAUUCAGAGGACUAUUUUUUAGAGCAUUUCUGCGUGAUUAUUUUCACAGACUUUAACGGCUGAGGGUGUGAAUCCUUCGAUGCCUUCAAUCGAGAAGGAGAGAAAGGAGAAGCAACUGACCACGGUGAAGCCAGUUUCUAAACACUGCCAUUUUCGGAGGACUCACCUCCUCAUGCCGCGCACACUCCCACGAGCUUGGGGUCGUAGCUUUGGUUUAUCGGGAACAGUGUCGGACUGCAGCGGUGCCCUGAAUCGCAGUCUUUCUUUGUGUUGCCUUCUGACAGUGACAAUAGAGCUAGCCAUGUUUUACUGCCAAUCUUAACUUUUAUGUGGCGGCUGUUUUGCACUGGAUGUCUUAGUUUGUUUUCUGUUUUUUUUUCUUUUGUAUUUUCUACUUUCUGUUUGGUACGAUUGUCGGCCAGCGUUACAUCAGGACACCUGCAGGGGGAGCGGGAAAUGAUGAGAAACCAAGUUCGCAAAGUUCAUGUUUGCUCUGCUCAGCAACAACCCACUCUUGUCAAUCUCGCAAGCAUAUACACAACUUCACGCUAAACCUAGCUGUACGCUGACGUGCUAGCAAAGACCCAUUCCUCAGGUCCUCUAUGAGUUUUGUGGAUACAAUAUAAAAGCUAGGAACCCGACAAAAAGACUGUAAAGGUUUUACUUGUGUGUGUUGUGUUCAUCACAACCUCUCUCUUGAGAUGUGUGGAUUCAGGUGUGAGGAGGCGGGGCUGCAGUUCAAGCACUUUUGGACUGGGGUGUGCCAAAGAAGCCGAAACUUACUCAGCGCAAUAGGUGUGAGUGCGUUGCUUUAAGACCACUUUCAAACUUAAAGAGGCGCCGAUGGGGAAGUGAAAAUCAAGGCAUGAGGAUCCGUUGUUGCUGAUCUUUGGGCAGCGUUGCCGAGUUGAACAUGAGGACGAGCACCUAGCGGCCCGGUGCCUUGUGUUUGUCCUGUGCUUACUACUUUGGAAGUGAGAGGAGACGGGCGCUUGAAAUCCGGUGAGCUCCGGAUCGUGUAGGAGAGAGCCCAUUGAGCAGAACAUUCAAUCUGGACAAACAUCGACUUCCUCUCUUGGGGAACCGCUGAAGCAUUUCAAAGUUGUGUCAUCUGUCGGCAGGUGGACGAGUUUGGGCUGCCGAGAAAAAAAACAACCGUAAAAGUUAAUGGUCUUCGUAGGCUAUUACGUCAUUGUGUCUUUACUUACGGGUCCGAUUAGAAUAAGUUUGAAUCCAUGAGUAUCAUCCAGUCUCUUUAUCUGGGAGGAACCUCUUGCAUAUAUUUAGCGUCAGGAGGACUUUCUAAAUGUUUUCAAUGUUCUUGUGUAGUUGAUAUUAUGAAAAAGCUACUCGUCAUUCCAUAGGAGUCUGUUGAGGACUGCUUUGUGUAUCACUGUGACUGCCGUGUGUGCUUAGAGACGUAGACUUUAUCAGUACUUAGCCGAGCCAGUUCGUUCCGUAGUGGUGUCGUAGCGUUUCAAUGCCAUUUUCCCCUUCUACACGCAGAGAGACAGAGGACGCACUCCGGCGGGCGGCUUCACACGUUUGUUGAGCACUGUGCAAUACUUGUAUGUCCAUCCCAUCGCGGAGACCUGGGCGAGAGAGCAGCAGGUUCUAACUCCGGAGGGUUCUUUUCUCCUUUCCGCUCAGCUGGUCAGGAGCGCAGCACACGCAGAUUCAGCGUCCGGGUCGGAGCGUUUCCGGUUCCCUCCCUUUUCUUGUUUUUCUUCUUGCGCACAGCAUCAGAAGUUUCAGGGAGUUCAAUACCAAACGAGAUUCUUCGCUCAAUUAAUCCCCUUAAAAUCACAAUGUACAUAUAUAUUUACAUGAUCGUGUCGACGAUGUAUAUCUAUAUAGUAUCUGUAAAGUGACGAAUCAGCCAGAAUAUAUCACAACAUCCAUCCAUCCACCAUGUUCUUUUCCAUUAAAAAGCGGUUUUAUAUUUGAGAAGAAAACUUUGAAUGUACAGUGUGUCGCCGUGAAUUACUUUAAAAGUGACAUUAGAUGUACUUUGCACUUUUUGUUGUAUAAAAAAAAAAAGUAGUCGAUGAUUUAUAUUUUUUAACUGUUGACUUCACGAGGUCAAACCUCCGCCGCGUGACUACAUUCCAGCCAUCGAGUCGAGUUCCCAAGCGAGCAGGGAAUCAUCCAUGUUUGUGGAGUCGUUCACUCCAGUACAGCUUCAGAUCCUAGUGGGAAACGUCGAUUUGCUGCCGGUGGAAUGAAUUUCAGCGAUGAUAUCAGGGAAAUCCGUAAAAGGCAGCAUUGCAGGACUCGUUUUAUUGCGAAAAACACAACCAAGCAUAAGCCAUGACCUGCACUGAAAUGCAAUGCUCCUCUUUUACCACAGUUCCCCACCAAAGUCAGAAGAUCAACCCCCCCAAAUUCUACUGGCGAAAAAAAGGAGUCUCUCCGGUGACCUUUACUCCAAAACAAAGCUGUGUCGAGUAUUUCAAUCUGAUGCUGUAGAAAGAUCCUAGUUGCCUUGGUGUAUAUCGAAUUGCCUGCUUGAGUAUUUUGUGUGUGGACUUUCUGUGAUCUUGUUGGGGUGUUUUCCUGCCAUAUCGCUCGCAGGCCGACGGCGGCGAGCUGCUGACGGUACUAUUUGCUGUGCAUACCUUCAUUUUUGACGAGGUGUUUUACAGUUUCGUUACACUUUGUGUAGUGAUUCACUCUGUGGAGUUUUCUGACUGUUGUUAUAUAACUUCAUAUACACAAAUGACCAAUAAAAAUGUUUAAUUUCCUGUUGAUACGGAACUGUAUCAUG